GAAAUACUUCUUGUGGUUCUCAGAAUUGCCGACGUGGCGAUCUAGAUUAUCUUCCUACAACUAUUUGUGGGAAGCACUCAUGUUGCUUUAGUUGUCUUCGACUCUUUGGAAGGUCUGAAAGGCUGUGGUUGAGACUUUAUUGAUGGUUUCUUUCGCGGCUCUCCCCAAGACGUUGCUCCUUCUCCUGUUCACGUUGCCAGCUCUUGCCGUCUCGGUCGCUCAUCCUUCAUCUAAGAAUGACCCAUUUCGCGCUAUAGUUCUUGCAUAUCGCAAGCGCCAACCUGAGCCGCCUCUCUGCUGCCUGACACCACCUCCGUCAAUAGAACCGCCAGAUGAUGUCGAAGAUGUCCUGCUCUCGUUUGAAGAGUGGAAGUCCAAGCAGUUCCAGUCCCAAUCCCAGCCGCAGUUGCAGACCCAGCCUCAGGUGACUGCUCAUCCCCAAAUCGAAGCUUUAGAACAUAUGGAGUCGAGUACCACCCACGAACCAAAUGCCACUGUGGCAGACACGUCUGCAUACCUCCCGGAAACAGAGCUUUCCCCUCAUUUCAGGGUACCUAUCACCGACCGCUUCAAUUAUGCAAACCUGGACUGCUCUGCACGCGUACACACUUCUCAUCGCUCUGCCAGGUCUCCUUCGUCCAUUCUGUCAUCAAAGAAAGACAAAUACAUGCUUUCGCCAUGUUCAUCAGGCAAGGAGGAGCAGUUCGUGGUUGUAGAGUUGUGCGAGGAUAUUAGAAUCGACACUGUGCAACUCGCGAAUUUCGAGUUUUUCAGCGGGGUGUUCAAGGAUUUUUCGGUGAAGGUCGCUAAGACCUACACGACGUCUGAUGACGGGUGGGUACUGGCAGGUACCUACAAGGCAAAGAAUGUCCGUGGUGUGCAGUCUUUCCACACACCAACUACCCUGCGCGAUUUCUACAGGUACAUCCGGGUCGACUUCCACUCACACUAUGGACAUGAGUAUUACUGUCCUGUCUCUCUUCUUAGGGUCUAUGGUCUAACCCACCUUGAACAAUGGAAGUGGGACAUAUGGGAAGAAGAGAGUUUUAAACUCGCCCGAGCUCAAGCUCAAGUAUUUUCCUCCAUUGCGGAGCCCCUACCCAUCAGCUCUGGGGGAUCUGAACUGAACAAGUUUAUGGAUGAGCUUGAGGCUCAGAAUAUACCUUCUGCAUAUCCUCUUGAUACCCCACUUCCAACAACCAAGGCGCCGUCUACAGCACAUACGAGUCCGAGUCACUCUCAAGCGUCCAAGCCGGUGACCCGGACGUCCAGCUCAGUCAGCUUCUCUUCUCAAUCCACGGCGUCUUCACCGGCCAUUAUUCUUAUCGACUCCGCCAUCAUGCAGCAGCCUACCUCGUCCGCUACCUCUAAGUCUGUAUCGAGUCCCGAUACGAGCGUUGCAUCUUCUUUCGACUCCGCCAUAUCCUCCACAACAUCUCUCUCGUCUAAUGAGAGCUCAUCCACCCAAACCUCAUAUUUAAUCUCCUCAGAAGUCCCACACACCUCUAAUAUUGAAGCAUCUUUAUCACAACCUUCAUCAUUAUCAUUUCAUCAUGGCCCAUCUGCGAACAUGCUGUCGACCGCCUUGCCAACAUUGUCUACCCCUCCAUUAGUCGGGUCAAGUGGAGAAUCGAUAUACCGCACAAUAAUGACCCGACUAACUCUCCUGGAGGGAAAUCAUAGCCUUUAUGCACGUUAUGUGGAAGAGCAGACUGCUGGUGUACGCGAAGUGCUCAGGAGGCUCGGUGAGGAUGUUGGCAGGUUGCAGAGCAUCAGUCGCAUACAAGCACAAAUGUAUCAGCGCACAGUUCACGAGUGGGAAAGACAGCGGCUUCGUCUAGAGUUCGAACACAGUGAAUUACUCUCCCGAGUAAAUCAUCUUGCUGAAGAGGUCACCCUUGAGAAACGUCUUGGGAUUGCACAACUUUGCCUGCUUCUGGCAAACCCCCUCAACUCAUCACCUCGUUCUGCGAGAGAGUGGGGCCGGCGCAACUGGAGCUUCGUUAGCAGUAACGCUGAACGUAGCUCGAAUAAUUUGCUGUUCCGAAGUCGCAGUCCUCCUGAGAUUUCUGUCGACAAGAGGUCUGAAACUAUAAAGGAUCGUUCUUCAGGCCCAGAUUCUCGUGUAGACUUUCCGUCUCAUCGAACGCAACGGUCCUCUGAUCACGACCAUAUUCCACGCCGACCCCCACACUUUACUACUUUAGCAGAUAAACGAUCCACCCCGCGCGGCUCCACCGCCACAAAACGGCCCGGCCCUCUAUUUGCCAAUUUUGCACUCCGCACCCCCACUCGCCGCAUACCUAAUUCCAUCUCCACAGAGAUAUCCACACUCCCCCGCGCCGCCCAUAUGGUGCGAACAAAUUCGCAUUCAUCAACAGGACUCAUCGUUCCAAAAUCUACCAAACGCUUGGCACGGACAGCUCACCUGCACGAAGUCAAAAGCUCGCUCAGUCGAAGGGAGAGCCAGAACUCAAAGCCUGCAGAACGAGAAAAUGACGAUGAAGAUGUGUUCCGUGGUCCUAUGAAGACACAUCAUUCGCGACGCGUGUCAAGCCCACGACGGCCCCUCUUCCCACUUAACCUCUCACAUGUUGAAGGAGGGUCUGAAUGUUCGGAAUUUUCUGCGCCCGAUCCCUCCCUUUGA